AUGUUCGCAGCCGAGGGCGACGUGACCGGCAUGCGUGUGAACGUUCUUCAAACGAAAAGCUUACUGCUUUCUCGUUCUCCUGCCCGCUGUUCUAUUCAGGUUAACGGAGAGACAAAGGAGCAAGUGGAGAAGUUCAAGUACCUCGAAGUCGUGUUCACUAGUGAUGGAGAGUUUGAGGAAGAGAUCGCCCGGCGAACUGGAGUAGCCAGUGACGUUCUGCGUCAAUUAGCCCGAUCCACUGUGACCAAAACAGAGGUCAGUCUGAAAACUAAGCUCUCGGUGUUCAAGUCGAUCUUUAUCCCCAUGUUUACCUAUGGUCAUGAGUGGUGGAUGAAGCUUCGAACACUGGUACAAGUUGCUGAAAUGGGCUUUCUGAGACGAGUCGCUGGCCUUACGCGUCUCGACAUGCGCCAAGGAAAGCCACCAACCCAGACAGCUCCGAAAGCUGGCGUCCAUGUGCGCCCGAAACGAGCACAACAGCAGCGAAAGACUAUUUUCAAAGAUUUGUUCGAUGUCGAUCGUAUGCACUCAGAGUAA